GUAGUACGUACAACCGACAGAGUAGUGCGUACAACCGACCACGUAAAUGUUUAUAACCGACAGAGUACUACUGGGUAUAAGAGAAACUGCGAGAAUACUUCGUUACUCAUAUCUACCUAAGCAGCCCGAGGAAUUGUCGCAGCUAGUAAGUAUAUUUUACCGCAUAGAUUUCUUCUAAAUGAGGGACAAACAUUCACAGUUACUACUGUACAUGUAUGGCAAGGCUCAAUACAUUAAUUAAACUUUUUAUGAAUUUACAAACAUCACGAACAUUAUUUCAGUGAAUAUGAAUACACCUCGCUGGAGUGUUGCUCGUUGGGUUUUGACCGCUUUUUGGAUUGUCACCUCGUUACAGCGAUCUGGUAAGUUUAGCUGAGUUUUCAAGUAAUCUUCAUUUAUCUAAAGUGAAUAACAUCUUCAUUGUCGAUGGUAGUUCUGGCAUAUCAAAUAACACAUUUUUUUUUUUCCCGCAGACGCAAUCCAUUGGACAAAACAGCCUGAGAAACCAACAAUCCUGUUUGAAGGUCUGAACAACACUUACGUGCAACUUGUCUGGAAAUUUCUGAUUGCAGGAACCUCUGAAGGAGGCGAAAUUCUUCGGGGUGUCACAUUUCGAAGGCAAAGGGGUGCUGGUGAUUUACCAGUAGUUAUUGCAAGCAGCAGGAACGGAGGGGCGUUUUCUGUUCUUCCGCAAUUUCGUUCAAGCUACAGUGCGAGAGUUCCAGCUACACUAAUUCUGUUAGGAGCCGUGGCCAACGAGCCAGAUUUCAUCUACUCAAUCGAGGUAUCUUUCCUCAGAAAUAAUCUCCCUCAGCCGGGGUUUAGAGAUGCAGUGCAAGUUAUAGUUCGUGGUAAGCAUUUAAAACUGUCUUAAAGGCUCCUUUUUCUCCUGAUUUUCACCAUUUUGUGAAACAACGAUGUACGCUUUCAAUCCCUUUCCUUUCAAGUUUAACUUAUUGUGCCCUCUUCAUUUUCAUCAUCUUCUAAAGAAAGGCAUUGCUCAAACUUCCCGUUACUCAAAUCGCGUUCUAUGUGAGAGAUGUAAAACCAAACACACUUUACAUCCCCUAUGCCUAUUUUUAUCUCCCCUGAAUCAUGACGCUCCACUAGUCGGCACUGAAAUAGCGGACAGCGUGAGUCGAUCGGUGCAGCCACGCCUUUAAAUAUGGCAGAUAUUCGAAAGAGCACCUUGGUACUUGUUAAAGCACUGUUUGCGGAGGAUUAUUUAGGGAAGCAUGUCUAUCCCCUGUACGUUCUCUUUUCUAAUACCAUAAGAGGUGAUAUUUCGACUCUCUCUCUUUGUUCAAAAUGAUAAGAAUAGCAUAAAACCGUAAUUAACUAACAAAAGUUAGAUUUCUCUUCAAUUAUGAGUUAUAUAAGAUAGUAAUUAUUAGUUACUGUAUAGCUGGAGUUUUUUCCAGAAAAGCGCGUCCGUAACCACUAAGAUUUGCGCAAGCUGUAUGAAGUCGUGAGAGGAGCGACAAAUCUGGCACCAAAUUGCAGUAAGAGCGCCUGUAUGCUCACAAAGCCUGGUUAGUCUCGUACCCCUCUUGAUCAAAAGACCACGGGUAGCGAUGUGCUUCAGCGAACUCUUAGAGUCUCAAGUCCCAGUUCAACGCGAGUCAUCAGUGUAGGAUGCUGAGGAUAAACAUUACGGGAGGACUGAAUAUUCUUGCGUUCAUGUUAACAACAAAACAGAUAUUUUAAAUGUUGGACCUAUGCACAUGAUUUAACUCACGUCUCACAACUUGAAACACACAGACACUUAGGUUCUUUAUCAAAGGAAGAAGAAAAAUCGAGACAGUUGCCAAUACAGAGCAAAAACACUUAAAAAACACAAGAGUGAAAUGAUAAUAAUUAAUUUAAUUUAUCCCAUUUUCACUGCAUUAGUAGAAACAAAGGUAUCACAAAUAGAACAUAUACAUACAUACAUACAUACAUAUAUAUAUAUAUAUAUAUAUAUAUAUAUAUAUAUAUAUAUAUAUAUAUAUAUAUAUAUAUAUAUAUAAAGAAAACUUAGCUAAAUUACAUAAGAGAACAAUUAACUACAUACUAAAGAAAAAAAAAUUAUUGCAGUGGGGAAGGACUAGAAGGGAACAUACGGACCAUUCGAGCUAGUCCACCCAAAAAGUACAACAGACACUUAAAUAAGGAAAAAGAAACUAUAUAUAUAUAAUAUAUAGAAAGUAAACUUCUGUGUCGAAUAAAGAUACUAAAAACAAUGAAAAACGAAAGUCUUCUUUGCUUUUGCGCUACGCGUUUCACCGCUCUUGCGGCUCUUCAGGCAUAGCAAAGUGUUUUUAUUAACUUAUUACGUCACAGACGUAAUUGUAAUUACAAUUAUAAUGGCUCUUGUAAUUCGUAGCACGCGCGAGCAUUUAGCGUAAUUUCAAAUCAUUAAGAACGGGUUUAUAUUUCAAAAUAAAAAACCUCUCUUUGUUUUUUCUCAUGGCCUCGGAGGGGCUGAAAAUCUUGUAAAACGGAAAGAUAGUAAACUGAG